UAAACAACGAGGACACCGACUCGUUUGUCCUGCUUCUGCAAGAAAUCAUGAUUAAGUCCCUGCAGCCCUACAGUAGCGUCACCCUCCUGACGGACCCAGUGUACGGGGCGGUUUUUCACAAAAACUGGUUCAAGCGAUUCGGAGGGUUCAUCUCUUACGUCACUAUAAUCGUUGAUGAAUCGGAGGAUCUGUUGGCCCCUAGCAACGAAACUCAGAACGCAUUAAUUAAGGCCAAAGAUUCCGGCUGUCAAUUGUACUUGAUCUUGAUGGCCAACGGGUUACAAGUGGGGCGACUGUUGAAGUUUGCAGACAGAUAUCGCGUGCUGAACACUAGGUCCAACUACAUCCUCCUGUUCGACAAUCGACUAUUCGAGAAGAAGCUUUUGUACUUAUGGAAGAGGAUAAUUAAUGUGGUCUUCAUAAAAAAAUACUCGAGCAAGAGGGAGUGGUACGAGUUGACCACCGUCCCUUUCCCCAUUAACUUCGAGGACGUGCUGGUGCCGCGACGCCUGGACAUCUGGACCCACUCGAAAUUCCGAAAAGGGGCGGAUUUCUUUAAGGAGAAAACCGCCGACCUGAAGAACCAGACUUUAAGGGUGGCCACGUUCUCCCACAUCCCCGGAACGGUUAAGAUUGCUAACCAGACCAGUUUACUUAGGACUGUUCGUGCCAAUCUAGUCACCAGUGACAAUACGUCAUCAUAUUCUGGCACCGAAGUUGAGAUUCUAGACACCGUAUCCAAGCUGAUGAACUUCCAAUGUGACCUGUACGAACCGGAUAACGCCGAUACGGAACUAUGGGGCAGAAGACAAGUGGGAGGAAUAUACACUGGGAUUUUAGGCGAAAUGACCGCUGCCCGGGCCGACUUGGCUUUGGGCGACCUCUACUACAUCCCUUACCUGCUCGAAAUUAUGGACCUGAGUAUCCCUUAUAAUACCGAGUGUCUUACCUUUUUGACCCCGGAGGCCCUUAGCGACAUCUCUUGGAAGACCCUUAUCUUACCGUUUUCGGGGCUAAUGUGGGCCUGCGUAAUGCUUUGCCUACUGUUUACCAGCGGUUUCUUUUUUAUUUUAUCACGUUUUCACGUGCUUAUCACCGAAGUGAAAAGCACCAGAAUAGAUCGUGAUAAAAAGGGGCUUUUUAAUAUAGCGGUUUGCAGCAAGUUAAGUAAUGUUGGUGCCGAUAUGAAGUACUCAAUGCUCAAGGGCCUAUAUAGGAGGCCUAAGGAGUACGGGGAGCCCGAGGGUCUCUACCAGUUUUCAGUGGCGGAAAACAGCCUUCUAUACACCUACAGCAUGCUUCUAUUAGUUUCACUACCAAAACUCCCCUCUGGUUGGUCCUUAAGGGUGUUUACAGGGUGGUACUGGCUCUACUGUCUCCUAGUGGUGGUCUCAUACAGGGCGAGUCUCACCGCCAUUUUAUCCAGGCCAACCCCGAGGGUGACAAUUGACACCCUACAGGACCUGAUGGACAGCCAACUGACCUACGGGGGUUGCGGUGAAAUAAACACGGAAUUUUUCAAGUCGUCCCACGACGAAUUCAUCCAAACAAUUGGGAGGAAUUUCGUUAUAGUGAACGACUCUGGGAGGGCAGUAGAUGAGGUGGCCGCAGGCCAAUUUGCUUACUAUGAAAACAGUUACUACCUAAAAGAGACGAUCGCCAAGCGACAAUUACGAUCUAAAGAAUCGUUUUGGAGCAACGAAAGUGCCCCCCUAAAAUCUGACCGGAGCCUCCACAUAAUGAAAGACUGCAUCAUCAACAUGCCGAUAUCCAUAGGGCUCCAGAGGAACUCCCCGAUAAAACCGAGGGUGGACAAACUGAUCCAGAGGAUCCUGGAAGCGGGACUGAUCGACAAAUGGCUCACCGAUGUCAUGAGGAAAAUUUUAAUGAACCGGGACAAGCAGGACCAAAAGGCCUUGAUGAACUUGCAGAAAAUGUAUGGGGGGCUGGUGGUCUUGGGUAUAGGGUACUUUUUGGGGGUGCUAACCCUUUUCGGCGAGAUGCUCUAUGUUAAAAAUAUAAUAUUCUAAACUAAUUGGUCUUUAUUAGAAACCCAAUAGAUAUAGUCACAAUUAAUAAUAAUAAAAUAUAUUACUAC